AUGAGUCAAAAGAAGCCGCAAAAAUUAGCUGACGCCUCAAAUGAUGACGAUUCGGUGCUGGUAUUGGAUACGGACCCUAAAGUCGUCACCAAGGCGGCUGAACUGCUGCAACCGAUCAACACCGAGGUGGUGGAAAAGAACCUCGACAAGGUGCUGGAAGCUGUGAAGAUCGUUGAUUUGACGUGCGAUUUCAAGGGUUGUAAGCAGAAAACUAACCUCGUCGGGACGGACUGUUCGUUCUGUAAGGAUCGGUUCUGCUUCAAACACAGCUUGCCGGAGAUACACGGUUGUGGUGAGGCAGUGAAACGCAAGGAACGUGAACUGUUCCUUCAUCCAAUGACCGGUAAAGCCAAGGCGGAACAGUACGAAAAGCAGAAGGCACAGGUGCGUUUGACGCAGAAACUGAAGCAGAUGUCACUGGAGCGAAAGCAGAAACCUUCGUCCGGGGGAAGUACUGCCGGCACCAGUCGAGGUGCUAGCUCCUCUAGCAGAGGAAGAAAGCGAACCAACAACCCGUAG